CUGUAAUUACCUGUGUCGCUCGCUGAGAACCUGUCAUGCGGUACCGGUCACGCCCUCCAUCAUGGAAAUUGGACUCGUGGAACCAUGCCCGAUAAGGCUUCCAGAAAGCCUGAGGCACAUAUAUAGGCGGACACUCGAUUCGUGACGGACGUCGGCCGCAGCCGCACCUUGUCCAGAUGGCCGUCCGACUAGUACUCACCCUUGUACCGCUACUACUCCUAGGUGUUCACUAUCCAUGGCGUGGCGCGUCGGGAGCGUGGUGGACGCUUGACCUCGCGCUCUAUCCGGAUGAUGUUCGCCAAAACGUCUCCAACCUGCUCUUGAACCAGACUAGUGGGCUCGGCCUCACCGACUAUCGAUACAACCUUGGAGGCGGUGGUGUCGGUGUCACUACAUGGGAUAGGGCACCGGAGACUCCAUACGUUAGCGAUGGCGUCUACAACUGGUCCGCAGAUGCAGCAGGUACUUACUACCUCAAGGAAGCUGCUCUGCAAGGUGUGCCCGUGCUGACGCUCUUCGUGAACAGUGCUCCCAUCACGAUGACCAGCAAUAAUCAAAGCUGUGGGGGCGACCUCGUCACAGAUCGCAUCCCCGCAUACGUGCAGUAUCUCACCGACGUGGUUAGUCACUGGAAAAGCGAGGGUGUCGAGUUCACGCACGUCUCACCAAUGAACGAGCCCGACGAUACUUUCGGCAGCUGCAAUCAAGAGGGUAUGCAGGUUGUCCCGCAACAGCGCGCGGAGGUGGUUACUACCCUCGCUGCAUCGCUGAAGGCGGCCGGCCUCUCUACGCAGGUCAUUUCUGAUGAGUCUUCCGACACAAUCUUAGGUGGGAACUGCCACCACCUGUACGAUUUUGCAAGUGCGGCGACCCAACAAGAGGUCUUUGAGUACGGGCGCAACUUGAGCGGCGGCGUGCCAACCUGGUUCACGGAGAUAUGCUGCUACAAUGCGGCGAACUCCAACGAUUCCGACAAUCCUCUCGCCACCCUCACUUAUAGCUCGCAGUAUGAUCCUACGAUGCUCAGCGGCCUCCGUAUGGCGCAUAUUGUUGGCAUCAUUCACUUAUGCGAGGACUCGCAUUGGGACUGGUGGACUGCGCUCUCUAACGAGAUAGGUUGCACGCUCAGCAGCAACGCUACGUGCUGGGACGGCAUUCAAUCUAGUGGUCUUCUCUACUACGAUCCCGACUACAGCAGCUCGCAGAACUACGACAUCAAGGUCACCAAGCGCUUCUCCGUGCUGAAGCACUUCACGAAGGGGGCUCCCGUCGGCUCUAUCCGGCCGUACUCCAUCGUCGCGCUGAACGCUCAGUGGAACACCUCAAGCAUUACUCUGUCGGGCGGCGGCACGUUCGAGCUCACACAGCCCGUCGCGAUGUACCGCACGAGUGUGACGGAGGACUACGCGGAGGUGCAGGUGCCGACUUUGAGCGCGAAUGGGAGCCUCGUCGUUGACGCGCCGGAGAUGAGCAUCUUCACCCUAUUCUUCCAAUGACCGGCUCUCUAUCCUUCUUUCAGAUCUGAGUGUUUGGUCAAUGGCUGUCUUGACGCCUCUUGCUUUGACUUGUACUCUCGAGAGCAUUGUGUAGUACCUGGUGAUUAUAUGCAAGGGUGUUGACCGCGA